CGCCCCGAUUAGCCCCACCCUCUGUCUAUAAGAGGGUGGCCCUCCAGCCCCAACGCAGCCUCUGACUCCAUCUCUUCUACUCUCGGCCGAGCCCUCAGCUGACCGGCCCCCAGCUCCGCCAUGGAUCUCACUGCUAUCUACGAGAGCCUCCUGUCGCUGAGUCCUGACCUGGCAGGGACAACCCGCGGAGGCACUGAGUCCAGCCUGGGAUGGCCCUCCUCAGGACCCUGGAGCUCAUCCGAUUGCAGCCCUGCCGGCGUGGUCCCCCGCCUGCCCGGCCGCUCCACCAGCUUGGUGGAGGGCCGCGCCUGCGCCUGGGUGCCACCACCCCCAGGCUUCGCACCCCUGGCUCCACGCCCAGGCCCUGAGUUGUCACCCUCACCCACCUCGCCUACUGCAACCCCGGCCACCUCGUCCCGCUACAAGACUGAGCUGUGUCGGACCUUCUCUGAGAGCGGGCGCUGCCGCUACGGGGCUAAGUGUCAGUUUGCCCAUGGCCUGAGUGAGCUGCGCCAGGCCAAUCGCCACCCCAAGUACAAGACGGAACUCUGCCACAAGUUCUACCUCCAGGGCCGCUGCCCCUACGGCUCGCGCUGCCACUUCAUCCACAACCCCAGCGAGGACUUGGCCACCCCUGGGCACCCCCACGUGUUGCGCCAGAGCGUCAGCUUCUCUGGCCUGCCCUCCGGCCGCCGGGCUUCACCACCACCAGCGGGCCUGCCGGGCCCUUCCCUGUCCUCCUGCUCCUUCUCGCCCUCCAGCUCCCCGCCACCACCGCCUGGGGACCUCCCACUCUCGCCCUCUGCUUUCUCUGCUGCCCCUGGGACCCCUGUGCCCCGAAGGGACCCCACCCCAACCUGUUGCCCCUCCUGUCGAAGAGCAACUCCCAGUCUCUGGGGACCCUUGGGUGGCCUGGCUCGGAGCCCCUCUGCACACUCCUUGGGAUCCGACCCUGACGACUAUGCCAGCAGCGGCAGCAGUCUGGGGGGCUCUGACUCACCUGUCUUCGAGACGGGGGUUUUUGGGCCACCCCAGCCGCCUGCAGCCCCCCGCCGACUCCCCAUCUUCAAUCGCAUUUCCGUUUCUGAGUGACAAGUCCUCCCUAGUACAGAUCAGCUGGAUCACAGAGGGGGUCCAUUUCUCAUGCUGUGGACGCCACAAAGGGCCCUGGGCUGUGGGGAACUGGGGGAGCCCUUGAUCAAGUAGCCCCCUUCACCUUCCCAGAUGCAUUAACCCACUCUUCUGACCCUGCCCUGGGGCAGGUCCCCAGUGUGCCAGCUGGACAGUGUUUGUGGUGUGGGAGAUGGAGUGUUUGCUGGGUUCUUUAAAGACAAGAUGUAGCAUAUUGGAGGGAGGCAGUGGGGUC